AUGGGUCAGCUACAGAGUCUUGUUUGCCGGAUUCUGUUCAAGUUUCGGUCGUCACCAUCAACCCACCCUCCACAUGAGAAACAGAAGCCGGACUGUUUUCUUCUCAGCCUCCCUAUCGAGAUGUUGGGGUUGAUCAACGAACACCUUCCUUACAGCGGCCGAGCUGAAACAAGGCCGUAUAUCAGGGAUGUACGGGAAAGCGAUAUGCCCAAUCGACCGAUAUGUCGUCCAGUCUUUGGAGGUCCACCUUGGUUUUCAGAGGUGGUAUUCUCGUUUCAGCACGGUGCCUUGAUGGUCGAGCACAAGCACGUUCAGCUUGCCACCAAAUACAGCCAGCUCGAAAUGAAUACCUGCCAGCAAGCAAGGUAUCUCAAGCUCCUGUUGAAACCGUACACGACUGUGUUCAAACCUGACUACACGCCUGGUCCUCUGUAUGAAGCCACGGAGUUAUGCUGCUUCUUGUGGUAUCCCAAGAUCGUCUCUGUACGCCAGAGACGGGCUAUGUGGGAGCGGCCCAUGGAAGAUCAGACACAUUCUAACCAUGAACCGAAGCAGCUGAUGGGGUGGCAUCCCGAGUGCAGCGAUCCUUUCUAUGAAUGCCUACAAAAUGCAUACUAUAUGCAUGGAAUUUGGUUCGAUGGAAUGUGUCCUUGGUGUCUUACUGAGUUUUCAGUGUGUAUAGAAAAAUCAGGAGACCUGGUUAUAAACACACGGAGAGAUUUGGGGGAUGCUGAUACACCUUUGGAUGACUGGUGGGACCAUGCUGACUAUUUCACGCAUGCAAGAAACGAUACCGGACGGAAUCCCUGGGUAAUUCGAGCUCGCUACGGGGUUGUUAAUGGGAGAUGGAAAUACCGAAAAACCAAGUUUGUAAGCCACUUUGGUCAUUAUGCACCGGAUAUAGAGACACAAGGUUUCACUUGUACCUUUUCUCAUCGUCGAGGAAUGCGGUUGUUAAUCAUGGUUGAAUGA